GAUUUAAAUAUUAAAAAGUUUUUUGAACAAGUUUUAGUUGAAUUAAUUAUAAUUAAUAACUUGAAUACUGAUGGUGAUGUUAUAUCAAAACAAUAUCAAAUGGAAGAAAUAACACUUCUGAAUUUAGAAAAAAUUAAAAAUAAUUUAAAAUUAAAUAAUAAUAAAUGUAUUGAAAAUUAUUUAAAAAAUAAUAUAAAUUUAUUAAUUAAAGAUAAUAUACAUGACUUUGAUAAUGAUAUUAAAAAAGAAAUAGAUAAUAUAAAACAAAUUUUAAAAAAUUUUGAUAAUAAUAAUUGA